AUGAGUCUAGACCAAAUAAAGUGUAGGCUACUUGAAGGAUCAAAUGCUCAAGAGGUCAGGGCAGUGAUUCUGGAUAUGCAAGCUAGGUUAUUGUUGGAUAUGCUCGGAAAGGGAAUCGAGUCUGCUUUAAAUGACCCUUCAGCUUUAGUGCCUGAUCCAUGGCAGGUAUCUGGUGAGACAUUAUCCAAUAUUGAUCUCGAAGCAGUAGCAGUUGAACCUGCACUAAUUCCAUGUGUUCAGGCGUAUGUUGAUUCAGUUCUUGAUCUGGCUUCACAUUUUAUCACACGGUUGCGGCGGUAUGCAAGUUUCUGUCGUACAGUGGCAAAUCGUGGUGUGACUGUGGGGACUGGAAGCAACCGAAAUAAGGUCACUGGUCCUGGUCAAAAUUCAACAGCUCCUGCAACAAGUCAGGGAGGUGAAAAUGGGACAACCAGUUCUAGUGGAAGCAUAGAGAUGAAAGCUUUGGUGCAAGGGGCUAUUGCCAAGAUUAGCAACACCUCUGAUGGAGUAUCCAAUCCGACUCCUAAUCCCCCCAUCAGCGGUCUUUCGUCCUUUAUGUCCAUAAGCAUGAAUAGAGGAACUUUUUCUGGAACACCCGCAGUUCGACUUAUUGGGGACUGUCAUUUCCUUCAUAGAUUAUGCCAACUUUUGCUCUUCUGCUUUUUCUUUCGACGAUCACAACUUCCCCACUAUAUGAGUGGUGUGCAGAGAACUGCCGAUAACAAUACACAAAAGCCUCAACCUAAUGCUUCUGUUCCUGGCAAGGUGGAGGAGAUUGCAAAACCAGUGUCAAGUGUGGUUAGGUCAGAUGACAGUCAGACAGGACGAGUUCAGGUUGUGCCUAGGUCAAGAGGGGGUGAAGAACAGUCUCUAGGGCGUUCAAGAUUUGGUACUGGAAAUGCAGGUCAGGGGUAUACUUUUGAAGAGGUCAAGGUUCUUUUUCUAGUAGUUAUGGACCUCUGUCGCCGAACAUCUAGUCUGCAACACCCCUUGCCAGUUUCUCAGGUGGGGAGUAGCAACAUUCAGGUUCGGCUGCAUUAUAUUGAUGGGAACUACACUGUACUGCCAGAGGUUGUGGAAGCAUCCCUUGGCCCACAUAUGCAGAACAUGCCUCGCCCUAGAGGUGCAGAUGCCGCUGGUCUAUUACUACGGGAGCUAGAUCUCCAUCCUCCAGCAGAAGAGUGGUACCGACAGAAUUCGUUUGGUGGACCUUGGACUGAUCUAGAUGAUGAGGAUGAUGCAAAUGAUGAACCAAGACUAGUUAGUUUAUAUCCAUUUGAUUCCAGUUCAUUGGAAAACAGUGAUAUCCAUUAUGAAGCCAAUGGCUUGUGGCCAAGGCAGCGCAGGUUGUCUGAACGAGAUGCAGCUUUUGGGUUGAACACUUCAGAGAGUCUGGGAGCUUAUCUUGGUAUUAUGGGAUCUCGGAGAGAUGUAGUUACUACAUUAUGGAAGACUGGCCUUGAAGGGGUCUGGUACAAGUGCAUAAGAUGUUUGCGGCAGACUUCUGCUUUUGCUUCCUCAGAUUCCACCAACCUUCCUAGUCAAAAUAACUGGGAGAGUUGGUGGGUGAGACGCUGGGCGUACGGCUGUCCAAUGUGUGGUGGAAGGUGGACUCGAGUUGUAUAA